AAGUUUGAGGAGGAGAUCUUGAUCCCAAAUGACACGACCAAGGUUCAGCAGGAAACCAGCUCUUGUUCGUCUUCUCUCUGUUGCUGCUCUCUUCUCCAUUAUACUAAUCGCCAUUCAGUCCUCUUUCUUCACUGGUAGUCGGGCUCCCGUUAAUUUGGAUAUUCCGAUCUUGUCCCACUUCCAGUCUAACCUUCAGCAAUGCGUCGCUAAUCGAGGGCUGGGAUUGACUGCUCAUAUAAUUGAUCAUUGCAAUGUCAUUCUCAAGUUUCCCCAAGGAACUAAUAGCACUUGGUAUAAUGAGCAGUUCAAGAUCUUUGAACCAUUGGAGUACAAGUACGACGUUUGCGAAACAAUACUUCUGUGGGAGCAGUACCGUAACAUGACGACAGUGUUGACAAGAGAAUAUUUGGAUUCUCGGCCUGAUGGAUGGUUUGACUAUGCAGCAAAAAGGAUCGCACAGCUAGGAGCAGACAAAUGUUACAAUCAGACUCUUUGCGAAGAACAUCUCAAUCUAACUUUACCAGCUAAGCCCCCGUUUCACCCUCGACAAUUCAGAAGAUGUGCAGUCGUUGGCAAUUCUGGAGACCUCUUGAAGACGCAAUUUGGAGAGGAAAUUGACAGUCAUGAUGCAGUUAUACGAGACAAUGAGGCUCCUGUUAAUGAGAGAUACGCCAAGCAUGUUGGCCUGAAGAGAGAUUUUCGCUUAGUUGUGCGAGGUGCUGCCGGAAACAUGAUUAAAAUUCUCAACGGUUCUGAUGAUGAGGUGCUUAUAAUUAAAAGUGUCAUCCAUAGAGACUUCAAUGCAAUGAUAAAGAAAAUCCGGAAUCCAGUCUAUCUGUUCCAAGGUAUCGUAUUACGCAGAGGUGCGAAAGGAACUGGGAUGAAAUCAAUAGAAUUAGCACUUUCCAUGUGCGACAUUGUUGACAUCUAUGGUUUCACUGUCGAUCCUGGUUACACAGAAUGGACUCGAUACUUUUCCACACCAAGGAAAGGGCACAACCCACUCCAAGGAAGGGCUUAUUAUCAACUCUUAGAAUGCCUUGGAGUCAUACGAAUCCAUUCUCCUAUGCGAGCAAAGAGAAAGCAAGACUGGUCUGAUGUGCCUAGUCGAGAAAUGAUAAACAACGCUCACAGAGCUGCAUUGCAUUUGAAAAAGAAGCAAGCUGGGCAAGAGGGGGGAUUGGGACGAUUUGUUAACUGUAAAGUAUGGGGCAAAUCAGGUCCCUAUGGCACUGGGCCUGUAUCUGGUUCCACAGAUAUGACAGAUACCAGGAAGGAGUCAAAUUACAAUCGAUGGGAAAUCAUGCCUUUUGAGAGCUUGAGGGAGGAAGCACGGAAGCACUAUAUGCAGAUGGAAGGUGUGUCUUUGUACAAGAUGGAUGGGAAUAAGCUGGAUGAUCUAGUCUGCGUGAAACAUCCCCUGAAAUCCGAGGCAUGAAACAAUGGCUUGAUAUGAUGGAUCCAUUUGAGUUGAACCUAAUUAGUAUUUUACAUGCACAAAUACAAGGGAAUCAAGAGUCGUGUUCAACACACCAAGCAGCUUCCUCUUGGAGUGUAAACUAGUAACAACCACCAGAGUGAACUCAGAUCUUCGGAAGUGCGCUGCGAAAUUGUCUGAUUACCUGGUGAUCUGAAUUACUGGAGGAACGAGGAAAGAAGGGACCAGUGUCCUUACUCUUUUCUUAAUUUUGUAAGCAGAGAAAUCUCAUGCUCCAUAUUUUACCUGAUUUUGUUAUUAGGGUUGCUUUUAUUCUUCUCACUGUGAAUUUGUGGUUUUGAACUGUCCUAUCCAGUAUAGUCAAAAGGGAAGGGUGAAGUAGGGAUUGCAGAUAGUGCACGGCAAACACCAUAAACCAGCAAAUACUGUCCUGUAUAGCACGGUUUUUUUAAAACGCUCUUCCCCUGCAACUCCAACAUUCUUUUGCUUCUAACAUUUAUUUUCAUUUUUCA